ACUGAGUACACUGAAAAUUUCGUUGUGGGCGGAAGCACUGCUUCCGUCGGACAGUUCCCGUACCAGGCUUCCCUUAGAAGUGCAGGAAACGCUCACUUCUGCGGUGGUAUCUUGGCCAACAAUCGUUGGGUUGUAUCUGCCGCUCACUGCACCAUCGGUCGUGGAACAGGCAACACUAUUGUCGUUCUUGGAGCACACUCCAGGACUACUGGAGGAACUCGUUUUAACUCUGCCAGAAUUUCUAACCAUCCCAGUUACAACUCCAACACUCUGGCUAACGAUGUCUCCGUCGUUCAGACCACCGCUAACAUCGGACAGACUAGCGUGAUCCGUCCCAUUGCUCUAGGAUCCGCUACCGUUGGUGGUGGAGUUAAUGCUGUUCUUUCCGGAUGGGGUCUGACCUCCAGCCCUGGAAGCUUGGCCGCUAACCUGCAGUUCUUGACUAAGCAGACCCUCACCAACGCCAACUGUCGCAAUCGUGUUGGAGGAAAUGGAGCUAUGGUCUUUGCCCACAAGAUCUGCGCUGGUGGACAAGUCGGACGUGGUGCCUGCUCUGGAGACUCUGGUGGCCCACUCGCUGUCGGAAAUACGGCUAUUGGUAUUGUGUCCUGGGGUAUUCCUUGCGCUCGUGGCUUCGCUGAUGUCUACGAUCGCGUCUCUAGCCACAGGAACUGGAUCAUCAACCACUUCUAAGCGUUUACUAUCUGUUCUUUUUU